AGUGACCUAAGAAUGUCGAUUGUGAAAAGUGGCUUCCUUCAUCGGCAGAGUAAGUGGAGCUGUAUAGCACACAAAUGUCACAAACCUGUUAGCCAUGCAUCAUGCUUGUCAUGUUUCCAACUACCAAUGUGACAGGUACUAGGCGUGGUCAAGAAUAAGUCUGAUUUCUGUAGUUGAAUGUUUAUUCCUGACACUUUUCACGGAAUUUCCUCUUGGAGGUUUUCCAUACCACCAUGGUCUCAUUGCUCUUUGACUUUGGGGCUUAGACCUGUGUUUGCACAAAGUGAUACAAUAUUUUAAUAAAAUUGAUACAGGCACUAUUCUGCGGCGGUGGAAGAGAAACUGGUUUGACCUGUGGUCUGAUGGGUGGCUGGUUUUCUAUGAUGACGAGCACCGGCGAGAUAUGGAGGAUGAGAUUCACAUGAGAAUGGAUUGCAUUAACAUUCGUAGUGCAACUGCAUGUCAAGGUACUUGACUACAUCUGUUAUACUUUUCUAUCCUAUCUUCUCAACUUGCCAUAGGAUAGUUUAUCCGCACCAACCCAUCAAUCACCUGUUCCAGCCAACUUUUCACUGUCCAUAGAUCUGAACCCACCAGAGGGCAGGAGUCGAAAUGCCCUGGUCCAGAUAGUCUGCAUAGACGGACGGGUCAUCAGCAUUUGUGGAGACAGUGCAGAUUAUUCUUUGUAAGACAGCUCUAGCAUUGUAAUCAAUAUGACUGUGAUUAGUUGUGUCUAUAUGGGAUAGCCUGCUGAUAAGUAAUGUCAAUUUUGUUUUCUCAUUGUUGUUUCAGGGCAUGGACCAUGGCUCUCCAGGAUGCCAGAAUCAGCUCUGUGAGUUUCUACUGGUCUGCCAAGACCCUCUGCCUUCAUAUCCUAGUCUUCUUAUGGACAGUAUUGUAGCUCAGGUCUUAAUUGAUUCGUUUAAUUUUUUUUAUUCACAUUCAAAACAUUCCAUGGAGAUAACCUUGAUCUAUAUUUUAGGUGGUUGCUCUGCCUCACAUUGGCUUUGCGCAGCAGAUUGUUGCUUCUGCCCCUUCUCCGUAUUCUGAAUAUGGUCCUCCACCCCCGGUAAGUACAUGUGAGCCUGCUGCAUAGCCUUUACAUUUGUGAAUAUAUUUUGAGCAGUCAGUGUGUCAGUGUCUUUUGCGCUUUCACUUGGAAUUCUGUCUUGACAUUUACACUGAACAAAAAUAUAAACGCAACAUGCAACAAUUUCGAGUUAAAGUUAAUUUAAGGAAAUCUAUGGAUUUCACAUGACUGGAAAUACAGAUAUGCAUCUGUUGGUCACAGAUACCAUUAAAAAAAAGAAGGUAGGGCCGUGGAUCAGAGGGCGUGGAUCAGAAAACCAGUCAGUAUCUGGUGUGAUCACCAUUUGCCUCAUGCAUGCAACACAUCUCCUUAGCAUAAAGUUGAUUGGCCUGUGGAAUGUUGUCCCACUCCUCUUCAAUGGCUGUGCGAAGUUGCAGGAUAUUGGCAGGAACUACAACACGCUGUCGUACACGUCGAUCCAGAACAUCCCAAACAUGCUCAAUGGAUGACAUGUCUGGUGAGUGUAUAAAGGCCAUGGAAGAACUGGGCCAUUUUCAGCUUCCAGGAAUUGUAUACAGAUCCUUGCGACAUGGGGCCAUGCAUUAUGCUGAAACAUGAGGUGAUGGCGGCGGAUGAAAGGCACGACAAUGGGCCUCAGGAUCUCAUCACGGUAUCUCUGUGCAUUCAAAUUGCCAUUGAUAAAAUUAAAUUGUGUUCAUUGCUCGUAGCUUAUGCCUGCCCAUACUAUAACCACACCGACACCAUGGGGCACUCUGUUCACAACGUUUACAUCAGCAAACCGCUCGCCCACACGACGCCAUAGUCUGCCAUCUUCCCGGUACAAUGGAAACCGGGAUUCAUCCGUGAAGAGCACACUUCUCCAGCGUGCCAGUGGCCAAUCGACGGUGAGCAUUUGCCCACUGAAGUCGGUUACUACGCCAAACUGCAGUCAGGUCAAGACCCUGGUGAGGACAACGAGCACGCAGAUGAGCUUUCCUGAGACAGUUUCUGAUAGUUUGUGCAGAAAUUCUUCAGUUGUGCAAACCCACAGUUUGGUCGCAGACGAUCCCGCAGGUGAAGAAGCUGGAUGUGGAGGUCCUGGGUUGGCGUGGUUACACGUUGUAGGCAGUUGGACGUACUGCCAAAUUCUCUAAAAUGACAGAGGCGGCUUAUGCUAGAGAAAUUAACAUUCAAUGUUCUGGUGGACAUUCCUGCAGUCAGCAGGCCAAUUGCAUGCUUCGUUAACAUCUGUGGCGUUGUGUGACAAAACUGCACAUUUUAGAGUGGCCUUUUAUUGUCCCCAGCACAAGGUGCACCUGUGUAAUGAUCAUGCUGUUUAAUCAGCUUCUUGAUAUGCCACAACUGUCAGGUGGAUGGAUUAUCUUGGCAAAUGAGAAAUGCUCACUAACAAGGAUGUAAACACAUUUCUGCACAAAAAUAGAGCAAAAUAAUAAUUUUGUGCAAAUGGGAAAUUUCUGGGUUAUUUUAUUUCUGCUCAUGAAACACUUUACAUGAUGCGUUUCAUAUUUUUGUUCAGUGUACUUACUUUGAUUUAGUGAAACCAAUAUAAAUUCUUAGUUUAUAAUACAUCUAUAUAACAUGGUGUUUAUGUUAUAUAUUGUGUUUUAGGAUACAUGUUACAAUACGGCUUGCAUCAGCUUUCUAGAUACCAGGGCAGUAGUAGUGGUGGUGGUCUCCCAUAGUGACACAAGCCAUUUCUGCCUUUCCAACAGGUUUAUGUCCCGGAUGCUUAUGGAGGCUAUGCCCCAGCUCCUCCUUCCCAUGGCACACAGAUCAUUUAUUCAGCUGAUGGGCAGCCUUAUGCGGUUGCAUACCCCUAUCAGUACCAAGGUACGCACAGGGUGAAUGCCCACUUUUAAGUCUGCAUGCUCCUGAAGGAAUACCAAAGGUUACAUUUGAUAAUUACAUUGAAUUAAAAAAAAAUACAUUAUUUUAAUGGAUGUAAUCAUUAGCAGUUUUCACCAUUCUAACUGUAGUUCAUGUUUCCCACCAUGGUUUGUAGGAGCAUAUCCUAUGAGGGAUCCCCAAGGGAAGAACCAGGUUAUUGUUCACGAGCGUCAACGUGAUGAUGGAGAAGGCGUGGCUCUCGGCAUGCUCGCUGGAGCUAUGACUGGAUUGGCUCUUGGUUCUCUCUUCUCUGUCUUCUAA